AUGGAUCGCAACCAGGUAGCUCGGUCGCCUCAGGCGGAAUCCAUCAUCGGACCUGCUCUCAAGAUUGGUGCCCUUUCUGCCACUAAUUCUGCUGGUUCUGACACACUCCACANNGGGGCAGCUGGUUUCGUCACUGGUAGUGUUGCUGGCGUCAUUCGAAAUUCUCCUCCUCUUCUUUUUGGUCUCGGCUCUGGCAUUCAAUGGUUCGGCUUGGGUACUACAUACUGGGGCACGAGGAGCUUCAUCUUCCAAGCAUGGGACACUGGUAAGGGCUUGACCAAGAGCGACAAGACAUCUGCUAGCACUAUUGCCGGCGGUGUAGCUGGCAGCGGUGUUGGCUUGCUCACUCGUACGUUUCACAGAGUCUUCCAAUCUUGUUCUCCAACUAAACCUUUCAGGUNNGGUCCUCGCAAUGUCAUUCCCGGAGCCAUCAUGUUCUCGCUCUUUGGUUUCCUUGGACAGACUGUCUCCAAUUACUACGACAAAACUGAUAUGCCAAUACCGGACGAACCACAAUUGAACUUCUGGCAAAGAUUCGCCAGUCUGAAAUGGAUGCCUGUCACUGUCCUCAAGGACGGCGAGUAUGAGGACAUGCUGCGUGAAAGGCAACUCAAGCUCGAAGCAGAGAUUGCGCUCGUAGAUGAGCGCAUCGAAGCUCUAAAGACGCAGCACGCUAAAGCGCCUUCUACGGGUAACACCGCUCCAUGA